AUGAGUAUGAGUUCAACUGUAAUUAAAUUCAGGGCUGGUGUUUGUGAAUACAACGAAGAUUCACGUCUAUGUACGCCAAUUCCAGUUCAGGGUGAAAUCGAGAUCAAACCAAAUGAAGAGGAAGAAUUGGGAUUUUGGGAUUUCGAGUGGCGUCCAACGGAAAAGCCGGUCGGGAGGGAACUUGAUCCUAUUUCUUUGAUUUUAAUUCCUGGAGAGACCAUGUGGGUUCCAAUAAAAUCCAGUAAAAGUGGCAGAAUAUUUGCUUUAGUUUUUUCAUCCAACGAAAGGUACUUCUUUUGGCUGCAAGAGAAGAACUCAGGUAAUUUGCCCUUAAAUGAAUUGAGUGCGAAAGAUAAAGAAAUUUACAAUAAGAUGAUUGGAGUGCUGAAUAAUAGUAGUGAAAGUGAUGAGGAAGAAAGCAAUGACGAAAAGCAAAAAGCUCAAGAUGUGGAUGUUAGUAUGCAAGAUUAA